AUGGGAAGCUACAUCAAUUCAACCAAUGCAAACCCUUGGGAUCAAAUGAUUGUUCUUUCUCAGAAAGUCAUCAAUGAUUCUUUUCAGAAUAUGUGGGAGCUUGCUCAGCUUGAGGAUGAGUCCCCCCUCAAAAACUACAACCGCACUGUUCGGGGGGGAGAAUAUCUCAAAAUGGAGAUUGGCGUCCCCUCCGUGCAGUUGCAGACAAUCCCCAAGGGCCAAUUGCUUUACUUCAUGCUCCGAAUUACGGGCGGAUCUUGUUAUAUUUACCUGAGCGAUGAUGACGAGGACGAUACUCAUGUCGAUUGGCAGAUAAAUAACUGGGUUUUUGCUUUUUCGGUCGACAUUGCGAGCAAGGAUGUGGCUACGGAUAGCCAAGAGUACCAAGAUUUCAAGAGUCGUUCUGGGCUGCUUAACUGGGACUUCUCAUUGGCACGACUCUUUAUUGAUACGUCAUCGACGACCACGUUUUCUCCGGAGUUGAGCAACUUCGCUGACCACCAGCAAGAUUAUAAUAAUCUCACUGCCAGGGCAAAGGGCAAAUUCGAUGGAUUCGUUAUCGACUGGCUUACCGCAAUGCACGAGGCAGGAUGCAAUAUUCUAGGUUACUCUGCACGGGCGAGUGUGGACACAAACGGUAUUAUCGACUACGACACUUAUCCUUGGAAGGCCACUCCGACUUCAACGAACCAGGACAACAUCGACCAAAAUGCACUGUGCUACCUCAUGAUGUCUGACUUCAAGACGCCUGGAAUUGAUGCGGUCUCCUACACUGGCCAGUGGGUAGAUGACAACCACCCUGCUACCUAUACUCUGAAUCGUUCGCUCUUCUGGCCUUGGAUGUUUUCAGUGCUUCGAGAUGUAGUUAAAUCUAUGGUUCCAGUCCCAGACACCCCGACCCUCUACUGGGAUAACACUGACAAAAACCAUCCAUAUGCGGCCCGAAUGGAAUACCACUUUGGAGAUAAUGCAGCCACCGAUAGAGACUACCAAUUUUCCUCAACUGCUACUCCUGGUCAAUGGUCUUGGACUGGUCGCAACCUCAGCUCGUCUAACCAGGUCUACAAUCCAGGGAACAGUGGUGAUUCGGAAACUAUUGUUGAAACUGUCAAC